UGGUUUGAUACUGGUGCAGGCGAUAGUGUGUAUACUAAUUACACAAACGUUUAAUUCGAUUUAAUAUUGAAAGUAGUGGAUGAAUAAAAAUUUUUCAACUUACAAAAUGACGAUAGUAUCUGUGUUAAGAUAUCCAUUGAACUUUGUGAGGGUGUCAAGGCUGCCAUCAGUUACUUUAGAGAUUAAAGAACGAUGUAUGUCUAAUUAUGCAAAAUAUGCAGAGCAUAAACCUAUUGAAAAAGUUAGAAACAUAGGAAUUUCAGCUCAUAUUGACUCUGGUAAAACUACUUUAACAGAACGUAUUCUGUUUUACACUGGAAGAAUUGCUGAAAUGCAUGAGGUGAAAGGUAAAGAUAAUGUUGGAGCUGUUAUGGACAGCAUGGAACUGGAAAGACAACGUGGAAUUACUAUCCAGUCAGCAGCUACCUAUACUAUAUGGAAAGAUUAUAACAUCAACAUUAUAGAUACACCAGGCCAUGUGGACUUUACUGUAGAAGUUGAAAGAUCACUUCGUGUACUGGAUGGUGCAAUUUUAGUUUUGUGUGCAGUUGGAGGAGUACAGUCACAAACAUUAACUGUUAAUAGACAAAUGAUGAGAUAUAAUGUACCAUGUGUGGCUUUUAUUAACAAAUUAGAUAGAAUGGGAGCAAAUCCAGUGAGAGUUUUACAGCAGAUGAGAGAAAAAUUAAAGCAUAAUGCUGCUUUUCUUCAACUACCAAUUGGCAAAGAAAGUGAUACAACGGGAGUGAUUGAUCUAAUUCGUAUGAAAGCCUUGUAUUUUGAGGGUACCUGUGGAGAGAUUGUUAGGUCUGAUGAAAUACCAAAAGAUAUGACAUCAGUUGUUGAAGCACGAAGACAGGAACUCAUUGAGCACUUGAGUAAUGUAGACGAAGCUCUUGGAGAACUAUUCUUGAAUGAGUCUAGAAUUACAGAAAAAGAUAUAACUGAUGCUGUUAGAAGAACAUGUUUAAAAAGAACAUUUACUCCUGUUUUAGUUGGAACAGCUUUGAAAAAUAAAGGUGUCCAACCAUUGCUUGAUGCAGUAAUAGACUAUUUACCAAAUCCUGGAGAAGUUGAAAAUGUUGCAUUCUUACAAAAUGAUAAGGAAGAUGAGGAACCUGAAAAAAUAAUUUUGAAUCCUGAACGUUCAGAUAAACAUCCAUUUAUCGGAUUAGCAUUCAAAUUGGAAGCUGGAAAAUUUGGUCAAUUGACAUAUUUUCGAUGUUAUCAAGGAAUGUUGAAAAAGUCUGACAGUAUUUUCAAUACUAGAACUAAGAAGAAGGUUCGAGUAGCACGAUUAGUACGGCUUCAUUCAAAUACAAUGGAGGACGUAAACGAAAUCUAUGCGGGAGACAUAUUCGCAUUGUUUGGCGUUGACUGCGCUUCUGGUGAUACGUUUACGACAAAGGGCGAUAUACCAGUUGCCAUGGAAUCAAUAUUUAUACCAGAUCCAGUCGUUUCCAUGUCUAUUAAUGCUAAAAAUGCAAAAAACCGUGAUAACUUCGCCAAAGCCAUCGCUAGGUUCACGAAAGAAGAUCCAACAUUUCGUUUCGAAUACGAUCCCGACAACAAAGAAAGUGUUGUUUCUGGAAUGGGCGAGUUGCAUUUGGAAAUCUAUGCUCAACGUAUGGAACGUGAAUAUGAUUGUCCAGUCAUACUUGGUAAGCCUAAAGUUGCCUUCAGAGAAACCCUCACAGCACCUGUCGAGUUUGAUUAUCUUCACAAAAAACAGACUGGUGGUGCUGGCCAGUAUGGCCGUGUUAUAGGAGUUCUAGAGCCUCUACCACCUCAUAAAAAUACCACUUUGGAAUUCUCCGACGAAACAGUGGGUACGAAUGUUCCAAAACAAUUCGUACCUGGUAUACAGAGAGGAUUCUUGUUUAUGUGUGAAAAAGGUCUGUUGUCGGGUAACAAGUUGUCUGGUUUGAAAUUCAGACUGAUAGACGGCGCGAAUCAUAUUGUCGACUCGUCAGAACAUGCAUUCUUCUUAGCCGCUCAAGGUGCUAUCAAGCAAUGCUUUGAUAACGGAGUCUGGCAAAUUCUCGAGCCCAUUAUGUUGGUUGAAAUCACCGGUCCUGAGGAAUUUCAGGGUACAGUGAUGGGCCAGUUAACUCGUAGAAAAGGACUGAUUCAAGGGAUCAGUGGAAGUGAAGGAUGGUUCACAGUUUACGCAGAGGUACCGUUGAACGAGAUGUUUGGCUACUCCGGCGAGUUGCGCUCAUCGACGCAAGGAAAAGGAGAAUUCACGAUGGAAUAUGCGAGAUACAGUCCUUGCGCUCCCGAUGUUCAGGAGCAGUUGAUAUUACAAUAUCAGGAGGCUCAGGAUAUUUUGCAGCAGAAGAAAAAGAAUUAAG